UCAUUCGUUGCGUCAUGACGUCUCGACCCGUAAAUAGGUCGAUGCUCAGCUGACAAAGAAGCAGUUCAGAGCAAACGUUAGAGAGAAAACUUUACUCGGAUAUUUCACUGUUGUUUGCCAACUUUUUGACGUAUUGGACCCAAAUCAACAUGAUGAGGAUCAUAGAAAUCCACGACCCCUUGUCCGACCGCAGUGACCUCAAAAACAGCACAGACGCCAACCACACAUCUACCUCAGACACAGACAGCAUGGAGGACACGGUGGAGUUAAGGAUCAUGAUGGCCUACGCCAAGAGGAGGCAGGCAGAAAAGGACGCAGAGUCAGUCAGACUGAACGGUAACACAGAUGCAAAUGGGACAUUUGCACCUCAGGUACCAGCCGAGACUGAACCAGAACCAACAGAGAAGAAGAAGAAGAAGAAGAAGGCAUGGAAACGUGUGCUGAGCUCUUUUAAAUGUAUCAAACCAAAGACACAAGACGACGAUGAUCACAUAUCUUACAUGCCAGAUAUCAACAACAGAAGUGCUGGUUUAGUAGAUGAUGAACCAGAACACAAAGAGGAGUUGGAAAGCGUUGCAGACCAGCUGGCAAAGAUAGCCGAUGAAAUCCCAUUCGCUUCUCCAGAGCCAGAUCUAGAGACAGACUCCCCAAACGAUGCUGUGGAUGAUGUGGAUAGUGUGGAGAAGAUGAUUGGUCUGCUGCUGAGGGAGAGCGGAGACAGACUGAACGAGAAGGAGCUGAAAGACCUCGCAAUAGCAAGAGAGCUUUUCUGGAACUACGAUUUCUUUAAGACGAUAAUAAGAGGCCUUCUCCAAAGGAUGGGCCUCUGGAACUCCAACCCCGACUCUCCGGGACCACACACGUCACUCAAAACCCAGAUUGCAGUGACCUGUGAGGCCACGAGUCGUUUGUCAGCGAUGGACACGCUGCCCAUGAACAGACUGCUGGGCUACGGAGCCAGAUACCUGAGUGAACAUUACUCGUCCUGGGCUCAGGAGCAGGGAGGAUAUGACGUAGCAUUUAAAGAUGACGAUGAGGACAACAUCCAGUGAAAGAGAGGUGGUUUCCAGUUUCAUACUGCCUCAUUGGACCUUCAGCAGCAGCCAACAGGGACUAACUCCUUCAGUUUACUGGAAGUUAACAGCAUUACUAACUCCUCAUAAAUUCCUACUGAGGUGUUUCUAAGGCUUUAAAUUUGAAACGAGCUAAAUGACGCUCAGGACAUUUAUUUUAUGUUUCAAAUCAGUUUACAUGAACAUAACAACCUGGCAAUAACACAUCUGCAGGACAAUGCAUUCUAACAUUUAUUUCUUUUCAUUAAUAAUUUUAUUGUUGAUGUAUUUCUUUGUGCCAAUGUUUUAUAAGUCUUACAUGAAACCUGAGCCAAAAAACUAUAACUAAACUAAAGACUAUUUUUGUAUGGCAGUGCCAGGCGUUCAUGUCAGGGAUCUGUAGAGUGACUGUAAACUUUUUAAAUCAACAACGUUUGUGCUGUAUUUUCGUUUCAUUAAGCACUUGCACUUUUUUUAAAAUAAAAAGUAAAUACAAAAUAUUUAGCUUUAAGACAUUUGUGUCAAGGGAUGCACCAGAUUGCUUCACUGCAGUUAGUCAGUGUUGCAUUUAUUUUAUUAAAAGAUGUCACAAGGUAAGUUUGAUAAAUAAUUGUCUUUAUUGUCUGAAUUUCUUAAUUUUGCUACAUGAAAACAUAACUAAAAAUAAGCUGUGUUAACUGUCAAUCUCUCUCUUAAUUGUUCUUACUUGAUGAUUUAUUAAUUUUUUCUGAAUGUUUUCUGUCAAUCAAAAUGUUUCUUGGUGCAACAGAAAGAAACAGACUUUGGGAAUGUUUAGACCUGGUCAACCUGACAGUGAAUGGCAACUUAUGUCAAAAUAAAUUAUUUAUUGUUGCACAGGGAAAUCUCAGGCCAUGUAUGUAAGAAACUGAACUUGUCUGUAGCCAUGAGUUUGUUUGUUGCAUGAAAUAAUAAACAAAAAUACUUCUGUGUAAGGUACAUGUAUAAAAUGA